AUGGGUUGGGAAGAGAUCGCUGCAGAUAAGAGAAAACGUAUCGACGAGUCGAUCCCCAAGGAAUGGCGCGUCGAAGUCAAGGAUCAAAAUGGAUCAUUCAUGGACCUCCCUGCAAGUAGUGGUCUCUUGACGGCUGACGAGCUUGAAAUCACCAAUUCGUCGGCAGUCGACCUCGUGUCGAAAUUGGCCGCUGGAAAGUUGAAGUCGGUCGAUGUCACUCUGGCAUUUUGCAAACGUGCCGCUCUGGCGCAUCAAGCGCUUAACCUUGCGCUUGAGUUCUUCCCCGACAUGGCCCUUGCCCAAGCUAAAGAACUCGACAAAUAUUAUGAGGAGAACAAAAAGCCAGUGGGUCCUUUGCAUGGGUUGCCGAUUUCGUUGAAAGACCAGCUUAGAGUUAAAGGGCUCGAGACGUCAAUGGGUUACGUUGCUUGGCUGGGGAAAUUCGACGAAGAGGAUUCCGUGUUAACGGCCUUGCUUCGUAAAGCUGGAGCAGUCUUCUACAUCAAGACGAGUGUUCCUCAAAGUCUGAUGGUCUGCGAGACGGUGAACAAUAUCAUCGGAAGGACACUCAACCCGCGUAACAAGAACUGGUCGUGCGGUGGCAGUUCUGGGGGUGAAGGUGCCAAUAUCGGAUUUCGAGGAGGCAUCAUCGGAGUCGGAACAGACAUUGGUGGCUCGAUUCGUGUCCCAUCUGCGUUCAACUUCCUUUAUGGUAUUCGGCCUAGCCAUGGUCGCAUGCCGUAUGCAAAGAUGGCCAAUAGUAUGGAAGGUCAAGAGACGGUGCAUAGCGUUGUUGGGCCACUUGCUCACUCAGUACCUGACUUGAAACUCUUCGUAACUUCCGUCCUUCAAGAAGAGCCCUGGAAGUAUGAUUCAAAGGUGAUUCCCAUGCCAUGGCGACAGGCAGAGGAGGAUAUUAUCCAUACCAAGAUCUCGAGUGGAGGGUUGACUCUGGGAUUCUAUAACUGCGAUGGAAACGUGCUACCGCAUCCCCCCAUACUUCGUGGCGUAGACAUGGUCGUGUCUGCUCUGAAGAACAAAGGCCACACCGUUGUACCGUGGAAGCCGUACAAACACGACUUUGGGGUCGAUUUGAUCAACAAGAUCUAUGCUUCAGACGGAGGCUUCGAUAUCUUCUCGGAUCUCAAGAAGUCUGGAGAACCAGCGAUUCCUAAUUUCCAAGACCUCAUCAAUCCGUCGCUGCCGAAGAUCGAUAUGAAUGAGGCCUGGGAUGUACAACGUCAGAAAUGGGCAUAUCAAAGCGAGUAUCUGGAACAGUGGCGCCUCCGCGAAGUAGAACUAGGAAGGGAGAUUGAUGCUUUCAUCGCCCCAAUCACGCCUACAGCAGCCAUUCGUCACAACCAGUUCAAAUAUUACGGCUAUGCCAGUGCCAUAAAUCUCCUCGACUGGACCAGUGUUGUUGUGCCGGUCACGUUUGCGGACAAGGAGAAAGAUAAGAAGCUGACGGACUUUGAGCCGCUGUCAGACAUCGAUCGAAUUGUCCAAGCCGAGUAUGACCCGGAAGCAUAUCACGGGGCGCCUGUUGCGGUACAGAUUGUGGGCAGAAGACUCAGCGAAGAGCGAACUCUUGCUAUUGCGCAGGAGAUUGGCAAAUUGUUGGGCAACGAGAUCACUCCAUAG